AUGUAUAUAAAAAUGAAUUAUGAUAAACUAAAUUUGUUCAAGGAAAAUUUUGACAUGAUGUAUGUUAUAGAAGAAAUUGAAACACACCUUCAUGAGAAGAAGCAUCUAUUAUGUGAUAUAAAUGAGAAUAUAUUAAUUUCAGAAAAAAAUAAAACAUCUAUAGAUAUCUAUGAAAAACAUUUAAUUGAAAAACAAAUACAAAUUCUAAAGAAAAACAAAAUAAAUUAUAAAAAAUUGAAUAAUAUAAAUUAUGUAAAAUAUUUUUUACCCUUAUGCAUACAACCCAAAACAAAUAACACUGAUAAAUGUUUAUCAGAAAGAGAUGUUUAUAUGAAGAAUUUUAAGAAAAAAAAUAUUUUAAGAGAGCUCUAUGUUAAAAAGAGAUUAACAGAGUACCGAAUUAAUCAAUUUGUACAAAAAUAUACAGGAAAGUUCUUAAAAAAUAAUGUGCUACACAAACAAAUUUCAAAAAUAUAUAACAACAAAUCAAAAAUUGAAAUUUUUAUAAAAGGUGAUAAUUUUUCAUACAAUAGAGUUAUAGGAGAUAUUGCAUUUUUUGACAGUAAACCAAAUGUGUUACUUGAAAAUGUAAAAUAUAUAAAUAAUUUAAAUGAGAGGAAAGUUCCUUGGAUAUUUAUCCAGUCAGGUAGUAUUUUAUUUUUGCGACAAUAUUCCUAA